GGGUGUGAGAGCGCAGGGCGAGAUCCUCACUUCCUGGUUAAAGAUGGCGGAUGAGAAUGAGACAGCACCGCAGCUGGAGAAAGAAACUGAGGUAGAAGAUGAUCAUGGACAUUGCAGCAAUUGUGAAAAUGAAGAGCAUCACUCUGACGAUGGGGAGAAGGGUGACACAGGUGCCAAGAAGAAGAAAAAGAAACAAAAGAAAAAGAACAAGGACAAGGCUGGAGGAAAAGAUGUAGCCGAGGAUCCGUUGGCCAAAGUAAACUCCCUCCCUGCUGAUAAGUUACAGGAGAUCCAGAAGGCCAUUGAGCUGUUCUCAGUGGGACAAGGUCCAGCUAAAACCAUGGAGGAGGCCACACGUCGCAGUUAUCAGUUCUGGGACACUCAGCCUGUUCCUAAACUUGGAGAGACUGUGACAUCACAUGGCUGGAUUGAGGCGGAUAAAGAUAACAUACGAGAGGAACCGUACAGCCUACCGCAGGGCUUCAGCUGGGACGCUCUCGAUUUGGGAAAUUCUGCCGUGCUGAAAGAGUUGUACACUCUCCUCAACGAGAACUAUGUGGAGGAUGAUGACAACAUGUUUCGAUUUGAUUACUCUCCUGAAUUUCUGCUCUGGGCUCUGCGUCCUCCAGGCUGGUUGCCUCAGUGGCAUUGUGGAGUGAGAGUGAACUCUAAUCAAAAGCUAGUUGGUUUCAUCAGUGCCAUUCCAGCCAACAUCCGCAUCUACGACAUAGAGAAGAAGAUGGUGGAGAUUAACUUUCUGUGUGUGCAUAAGAAACUUCGCUCGAAACGAGUGGCUCCGGUACUCAUCAGGGAGAUCACAAGACGGGUCAAUCUGGAGGGCAUCUUUCAGGCGGUGUACACCGCAGGUGUGGUGCUGCCCAAACCUGUGGGCACCUGCAGAUACUGGCACCGGUCUUUGAACCCACGAAAGCUGAUUGAGGUGAAGUUCUCUCAUCUGAGUCGGAACAUGACUAUGCAACGCACAAUGAAGCUCUACCGACUGCCAGAGGCUCCUAAGACUUCAGGCCUGAAGCCGAUGACUGUAAAGGACGUCCCAGCGGUUCACCGCCUGCUGAAUGAGUACCUGAGUCAGUUCAACCUGGUUCCUGUCAUGAGCCCUGAGGAGGUCCAACACUGGCUGCUUCCUCAGGAGAACAUCAUCGACACCUAUAUAGUGGAGAGUUCAGAUGGGAAGGUGACUGACAUCCUGAGUUUCUACACUCUGCCGUCCACCAUCAUGAACCAUCCUGUGCAUCGCAGUCUGAAGGCAGCGUACUCUUUCUAUAAUGUACACACCACCACCACCCUGCUGGACCUGAUGGGAGACGCUCUCAUCCUCGCCAAGUCGAAAGGAUUUGAUGUCUUUAAUGCACUGGACCUAAUGGAGAACAAGACGUUUUUGGAGAAGCUCAAGUUUGGCAUUGGAGAUGGAAACCUGCAGUAUUACCUCUACAAUUGGAAAUGUCCCAGCAUGGGCUCAGAAAAGGUGGGUUUGGUUCUGCAGUGACCCAUUUCACCAUCCACAACCUCUGUCUCGCAUGACAGCGAGGCUGAUUUAUGACAUCACGCACUGACCACCUGACAGAUGCUACCAGUGGACUUCCUGAUUCAGGAAGGAGUAUUCACCACCCAUUUUUAAGUUUGAACUUUGACCUUUUGGACCUGCACUACUGCUGCCAGACUGAGAAGAUUUUCUUCUAUUUCCUCCUUUUUUUUCUCUCUCUCUCCCUCACUUAUCAUCUUAUUCUCUCUCUGCGCAUGGACCUAAAGCCAUUGUAGUUACCAUCAUCAGAGAUGAGGAACCUUAAUCUGUUAUGAUUGUUAACAAAGGUGCGCACACACACACACACGCUGAUAUGUAAUUACCAUGCUCAUGAUGAACCCAGAUGCAUAAGUGUCACGCUAAUCGCAUCGGUAGAUUCAACUCAUUCAGUAUAAAGUGAUUUUACUCUCCCUAUCCAAUGGGAGGUGCUUUUUUGCUAAAAAAAAAAAACAGGAUGAAAAUGUUCAUUUCCUCAGUGUUUUAGAAAUGAACAUGCAACAAUCAAAGACACAUGAAAGUUCCUAAAAAAUAAAAAAACAGCCAAUGAGAUAAUAAAAAUCCCAAGUGGACAUGACAAGGGCUGCUGUCAAUGAGUUUCCUGUGGUCAUUCUCUCCUUCGCACAUCUUAAACAGUUUUUUGCCAUGGAAGCCUCGUCUCUACUUUCUUUUGACAAACGUUGACCAACUGAUGGAUGCGGUACACAGUGAGUGAGAUCUUUUUGUCUUGGUUUUGCUUUGUUAUUGCUUUUAAUCUGUUCUAAUCAGUUUAUUGCUUAUUUGUCUCUAACUGCCUGUGAUCCUCUUUCACGGUUUUGCCAACAGAGAAGCACCAGUGUAAAUAAACAAGGAAGCAAUGAGAAAUA